AUGAAGGCGCUACCUUUCCUUCUUAUUCUCUGUCUAUAUCUGCAGAUUGAGAAAUCACUUCAAGAUUGUGCUUGGGACACCUGUCAUGAAAUAGAUCCCGAUCCAGAUGUCAUCACGGCUCACUUGAUUCCUCAUACUCAUGACGAUCUAGCAAAACCCGAGUUAGUUCCUGUUGGCGUGCAAUACAUAUAUAAUACGGUUAUAGACGAGCUAUUGAAAAAUCCGGAUAGAAGAUUCUCUUUCGCUGAAACUGGUUUCCUGUGGAGAUGGUAUACAAGCAAUGGGGACUAUGAGAGACACCAAUUACAAAAGCUCGUGAAAAAUGGACAAAUUGAAAUAAUUGGAGGUGGAUGGGUACAAAACGACGAAGCCACUUCGCAUUAUGUUGAUAUCAUUGAUCAAAUGACUCUUGGAUUACAAAGAUUGGAGCAAAUAUUUGGAGAUUGUGGAAAACCAGUAUCCGGAUGGCAAAUCGACCCAUUUGGGCACUCUCGUGAAAUGGCCAAUAUUUAUGCUCAGAUGGGUUACUCUUCUCUUUACUUUGCUCGUAUUCAUUAUCUCGAAAAAGAAUUACGCUUGAAAAAUAAAACUUUGGAGUUCAACUGGAACGCAUCAGAUGAUUUGGGCACUCAAAUUUUCACCGGCGCAUUUUUCAAUGAUAACUAUGGACCGCCGGAAGGCUUCUGUUUUGAUUCUCUCUGUGGAGAUGAUCCAAUCAUGGAUAAUGUGGACCUCGAAGGAUAUAAUGUUAAGCAGAAAGUAAAUGCUUUUGCAGAGCAUAUCAAGAAACAGGCUGCUCAUCAAAAAACAAAUCAAGUCAUGCUAUUGAUGGGUAGUGACUUCCAAUACACCAAUGCUAACUCCUGGUACGUCAACUUGGAUAAACUGAUCAAACAUAUGAAAACUUAUUCUUCUGAAAACAUACGAGUGAUCUAUUCAACACCAGCAUGUUAUACCAAAGCUGUUCAAAGUCGGUCUCCCAAACUAUCUGUGAAAAACGAUGAUUUCUUCCCGUAUGCAUCUGGAAAACAUUCGUAUUGGACAGGAUAUUUCACCAGCCGACCUGCAUUUAAAGGAAUGAUCCGACAGGCAAGUUCAAUGUUGCAGUUGGCUAAACAACUCGAUGUUAUUGCUGAUUUGGGACCAGAAGAUGAGUCUGAUUUGAAUAUACUUCGGGAAGCGUCUGCAUUGGUACAACAUCACGAUGCUGUGACAGGAACUGCAAAAGAAAAUGUGACAAGGGAUUAUGAAAAACAAUUGGCUAGAGGAAUGUCUGAAGUUGAGGCCGUGAUCAACGAUUUUAUGAGCGCAAUGAAUCCGAAUGGAGUUGAGCCAAAGUUGGUCAUAUGCCCUCUUCUUAAUGAAACUAUUUGCAAACCAAUCAGUAACCAGGAAGAGUUCUCAAUAGUCAUUUUCAACUCACAUGGAAGAUAUUACAACGGAACAAUUCGCAUUCCAUACGGUCAAAAAUCUGCAACAGUUCGAGAUGCGAACAAGAAUGUUAUUGAAAGCCAGGUUGUUGAGACAUUCAAAGUUGACCAAUUGAAAAACGCCGACAGGUCUUUAUAUGAGAUACACGUUUUGGUUAGAGUGCCACCGCUAGGAUACACUACAAUUACAGUGUCGAAAGGAAAUUCAAUUGUUAAUAUUCAUUUAAAAAGCAAAAAGAAGGCAGAUGCAAAAAUUGAGAUUCAGAAUGAGCAUCUUAUUGCUGGAUUCGAUGCUCAAGGAUAUCUUUCAUAUGUAACUGAAAAAGCAACCAAUAAGAGGAGAAGUAUUCGCCAAGAGUUCUUCUAUUACGAAGGUAUUGACUCAAAAGACGAUCAGCCAUCUGGUGCGUACAUCUUCCGUCCGAAAACUCAGCAACCAAUUGCAUUCACAUCAAAAAUUGCCUUAGAAGUUGUAACGGGCGGCAUCACGAAUGAAGUGAGACAGAAGGUGAACCCCUGGAUUUCUCAACAGAUUCGACUUCCAAAAGGAAAGAACUACUUGGAGUUCGAAUGGAUUGUCGGACCAAUUCCAAAGGAGACCAAAAAUCCUAUUACCAAAGAGUUCAUCACAAGAUACAUCACCGAUGUACAGUCAAAGAACGUAUCGUUCACUGAUUCCAAUGGUCGCCAAGUUAUGAAGAGAUUCUUUGGUGGAGCUACUUCCUUUGAUUAUUUGGAUACUGAACCAAUUGCAGGAAAUUACUACCCACUAACUAGUUUUGGAUACAUCAAAGAUGGUAAUGAUCAGUUUAGUUUGAUCACUGACAGAGCCCAAGGAAUGAUGGCAACAGAUGGUGUGGUUGAAAUUAUGCUUCAUCGCCGUUGUUUUUAUGAUGAUCACUUUGGAGUUGAAGAAGCUUUAGACGAACCUGGAAAAGACGGCAAUGGUCUUGUAGCCAUGGGCAAGCAUAUUGUUUUAUUCACGGAUGUUAAGGCUUCUGCUGUUCAACUUCGCCCACUUGUUUCUGAAAACUUCCACCAACCAGUGUUGGCAUUUUCUAAAAAUUCAGAAAAGUUUGAGUUUAAUAGAAAAUUAGAGUACUCCGGACUUACACAAGAGUUACCUUUGUAUCUUAAUCUUCUCACCUUGGAGAGAUGGCACAAGAAGAAUAGUUUGGUUAGAUUCGAGCAUAUUUAUCAUAACGAUGGACCUGAAUCGAAGCAAUUCGCAGUUGCUGAAAGUUUUAAUCCGAAGAACUUGUUUGCAAACUUGGACAUUCUCUCCUUCAAACCAUUGCUGCUGGGAGCUAAUAAACAAAAAGGAAGUUUAAGAUCUGCUGUAUCUAAAACCGGAUCGUUCACAAUUCGUCCAUCUGAGAUUCUCACUUUUGAGAUUGAAACCGAACGAAAGGAAAUUAAAUAUUUUACUCACUAUUAA